AGAAAACCCGUCACCAGCAGGUCACUAAAAUGUUGUGUCCAGAAUGAUUGCCAAACCCAACUGUUCCUCAACGAAUACCUCUGUAUCAAGAUGCGUCCAAGACCUGCUGUGCAACACCAGUAUUGUGUUGAACCUUAGUGAGGUGGAGAUGGAAGAGUUUUGCCUCAACCAAGUCGAGUAUCUGGAGAAAUAUCUGGGGCCCAGACGUUCCCCGGUGUUUCUGCCUGUGUGUAUCACCUACCUGAUCAUCUUCUUGGUGGGAGCGGUGGGGAACAUUCUUACGUGCAUCGUUAUUGCUCGCAACAAGGUCAUGAGGACGCCCACCAACUUCUACCUGUUCAGUCUGGCGGUGUCGGACCUGCUGGUGCUUCUUCUGGGAAUGCCUUUGGAGCUCUACGAAAUGUGGAGAAACUAUCCGUUCCUUUUUGGCAAAGGUGGUUGCUACUUCAAGACCUUCCUCUUUGAGACCGUGUGUUUCGCCUCCAUCUUGAAUGUAACAGCGCUGAGCGUGGAGCGCUACAUUGCUGUGGUUCAUCCGCUCAGGGCCAAAUACGUAGUGACUCGCACUCACGCCAGGCGGGUGAUCUUGAGCGUGUGGAGCGUGUCUGUAUUGUGUGCCAUUCCCAACACCAGCCUCCAUGGCAUUUUCACCCUCCCUCUUCCCAAAGGGAAAGGAGUAGGUGCCAUGUCCACUUCCGCCACCUGCAUGCUGGUCAAGCCACGCUGGAUGUACAACCUGAUCAUCCAAAUCACCACUCUGCUGUUUUUCUUCCUGCCCAUGUUGACCAUCAGCGUGCUGUAUUUGCUCAUCGGCAUGCAGCUAAAACGCGAGAAGAUGUUGCAGGUCCUGGAGGCAAAAGCCAGUGUGGGACAAGACAGCUCUUCUAAUGUACGCAGUCAGCAGCAGAAAACCCGUCGCCAGCAGGUCACUAAAAUGUUGUUUGUACUAGUGGUCAUGUUUGGUAUCUGUUGGGCUCCGUUCCACACCGAUCGACUCAUGUGGAGUUUCAUGGACCAGAAGAGCAGUGAGCACAUGAAGAUUUUCCAGGUCUAUGAAUAUGUUCAUGUCAUCUCUGGGGUCUUCUUCUAUCUGAGCUCAGCCAUUAAUCCGAUUCUCUACAACCUCAUGUCCACCCGCUUCAGGGAGAUGUUUAAAGAGGUGAUGUGCCACCACAAAUGUCAUCCUGUCCCAAGGAAACGCUCUUUGAGCAUGACGAGGGUUACUGUGCGCAGCACCCUGAGUGAAGUCCCACCUUGCAACGGCACGGUAACUACUGAAGGAGAAGAUUAUGAUGUGGAUGAAUGCCAGGAAAAUAAGACCAGCUUUUCCUAA